AUGACUUACUUCCGCAUCCCCCUUGUCGGGUUCCGGCUUCAAAUCGCACUGGUGGCUCUGGUGGUUGCACCAUCCUACAUUCUCUUUGGAUACAACCAGGCCGUGCUGGGCAGCUUGCUGAGUCUGCGCAGCUGGGUGGACGUGUUCCCUGAGAUCGACACCAUCGAUACCACAGGGGCACAAAAGUCACACAACUCCACCUCUCAAGGAGCCUGCAAUGCUUCGUUCCAGAUAGGCGCUAUGAUAGGCGCGUUGUCGUUGUCAUUCUACGCAGACAGACUGGGUCGCCGACGAGUCAUCUUCCUCGCAGCCAUCAUCACGUUCAUCGGCCAGGCUUUGCAAUGCUCAGCAACAACUCUUGCUCAGCUGAUAGUCGGCAGAGUCAUUAUCGGGUUUGCAAUCGGCCAGACGAGUGGCACCGUGCCAGUAUGGCAGUCAGAAUGUGCUUCGUCCAAAGAUCGUGGACAGCAGGUUGUCUGUGUCGGCAUCUUUAUCAGCACGGGCUAUUGGUUGUGCAACUGGGUCGACCUAGGAUUCAGCUUCCUUUCGUCAUCGACGAUGCAGUGGCGGGCUCCCCUCAUCAUCCCAUUCCUUUUCUCUGCUAUACUGCUGGUGUCCGUCUUUGCCUUUCCCGAGUCCCCUCGCUGGUUGGCUUCCAAGGGCCGACGAGAAGAAGCGAUGAUCAGCCUCGCGCAGUAUCGCGGGAAAGAACCAACCGACAUCAUGGUCCAGCGUGAGCUCGCAGGCAUUGAACUCUCGUUUGAGGGCACGGAAAGAACCUCCUUGAAGGACAUGUUCCGCAAAGACGACCGGGAACGUCUCUUCUACCGUUUCCUUCUCUGUAUGGGACUCAACUUCUUUCAGCAGGCCUGCGGCGGCAACCUCAUCUCCGUCUACAGCUCAACCAUCUUCCAAAACUACCUCAACAUGACUCCCACGACGGCCAAAAUUCUCGCCGCGAGCGUGCUGAUGUGGAAGUGCAUCUGCUGCUUCAUACCCUGCUGGACGAUCGACCGCUGGGGCCGUCGCCUCAGCUUCAUGAUCAGCGGGGGCGGCAUGGCCGUGUGUAUGGCGGUGCUGGCGAUCACCACCGGCCUGGGGACCAUCACGCACACCAAGGCCAUCGUGUACGUCGCCUUCAUGUUCGUUUUCAAUUUCUUCUAUCCCAUCGGCUUCAUGGGGGGCAAUUUCCUGUACGCCACUGAGGUGGCCCCCGGCCGACUGCGGGCUGCCAUGUCUUCUUUGGCAACGGCCAACCACUGGUUGUGGAAUCUGGUCGUUGUCCUUGUCACGCCGGUCGCCAUCGAUACCAUCGGGUACGGGUACUAUGUGAUCUAUGCGCUGAUCUCCGCCACGAUUCCGGUCUGUGUGUAUCUAUUCUAUCCCGAGACGAAGAAUAGGAACCUCGAGAUGCUGGACCAGGUGUUCGCUACUGCGCCGUCGGUGUGGAAGGUGGUGAGCCAGGCUCGGGGUCUGCCGCAGGGCGAGCAGCCUGUUGCUCAACGCCCCCUCACAUACUCGGAAAAGGUCCUCUAUAGCCAUCUCGACGAGAGUUUCGACGAACCCAUUGUACGCGGACAGUCGCAACUCCGAUUACGGCCCCUGCGCAUUGCCUGUCAAGAUGCGACCGCUCAAAUGGCUCUGAUUCAGUUCAUGUCGGCCGGCAUGGACGCGGCGGCCGUGCCCACAACCGUUCACUGUGACCAUCUGAUCGUCAGCCGCGACGGAGAGGACCAAGAUCUGCCCCGUGCGAUUGAGGCGCAUCGCGAGGUCUACGAGUUCAUGGAGAGCGCUUGUCAGAAGUACAACAUGGGGUUCUGGAAGCCGGGAGCUGGUAUCAUCCAUCAGAUUGUUCUAGAGAAUUACGCUUUCCCUAGCGGGAUGAUGAUCGGGACGGACUCGCACACCCCGAAUGCUGGUGGACUGGGAAUGAUCGCUAUCGGCGUGGGAGGCGCCGACGCAGUCGAUGUCAUGGCAGGCUUGCCAUUGGAGCUGAAAGCGCCCAAGGUGCUGGGUGUGCGACUGACCGGUCAGUUGUCGCAGUGGGCUUCCCCUAAGGAUAUCAUCAGUACUGUCGCAGGAUUGAUCUCAGUGAAGGGCGGCACAGGCUCAAUCAUUGAGUACUUCGGGCCUGGUUCCCAGACGCUGUCCGCAACUGGAAUGGCGACGGUGUGCAAUAUGGGCGCAGAGACUGGCGCGACGACAUCAAUCUUCCCUUACUCGCCCCAGAUGGCAGACUAUCUCCGAUCUACCCAUCGCAGUGACAUGGCUCGCGCUGUGGGGAGUGUUGCGCCAGAACUACGUGCGGAUGAGGGUGCAGAGUAUGAUCAGGUGAUUGAGAUUGACCUGUCAACCUUGGAGCCUCGCAUCAAUGGACCAUUCACUCCGGAUCUUUCUACUCCACUAUCCAAGUUCGCUCAGACGGCUGAAGAGAACCAGUGGCCUGAACUGACAGCCGGUCUGAUUGGUUCGUGUACCAAUUCCUCAUUCGAAGACAUGGGACGUGCGGCGCAUCUGGCCCAACAGGCACUCGAUGCCGGCCUACAGCCGAAGAUGCCUCUUCUCAUCUCGCCCGGCAGUCUGCAGACCCGCGACACAAUCGAGGAUGCCGGUAUUUUGCCUGUGUUUAAAAAGCUGGGGGCAGUCAUGCUACCUAAUGCUUGUGGACCGUGCUGUGGUUCCUGGGACCGCACCGACAUGCCCAAGGGCACCCCGAACUCGAUCAUCACCUCUUACAACCGCAACUUCUCCGGUCGGCUUGACUCCAAUCCAGCCACGCACAUCUUCCUCACCUCACCCGAGCUCGUGAUGGCCAAGGUGUUCUCCGGAGAUCUCUCGUUCGACCCCACAGUGGACACGCUCACCACUCCCUCAGGCGAGACCUUCAAGUUCCAACCUCCCACCGGCGACGCCCUCCCCAAGGACGGCUACAAAGAAUCCAGCUCCGCCUACCUGGCUCCCCCAAGCAAGCGAGACAACCUGGAGGUCAAGAUCUCGCCGUCCUCCCAGCGCCUGCAACGGCUCGCCCCUUUCGAACCUUGGCACGGCAGAGACUUCGAAGACUGUGUCGUUCUCAUCAAGACAAAGGGCAAAUGCACAACGGACCACAUCACUCCCGCAGGCCCCUGGUUCCGCUACCGCGGCCACCUGGAGAACAUCUCCAACAAUACACUGAUCGGCGCCGUCAACGCCGAGACGGGCCAGGUCAAUUCCAUCCGCAACCAGCUCACCGGCGAGGAAAGCCAAGAAGUCCCCGCCACAGCCCGGUACUACAAGAGCCACGACCAGCCGUGGGUGGUUAUCGCCGACCACAAUUACGGCGAGGGUUCAUCGCGCGAGCACGCCGCGCUGCAGCCGCGCUAUCUAGGCGGGGUGGCCAUCAUCGCAAAGUCGUUUGCCCGGAUCCACGAGGCCAAUCUGAAGAAGCAGGGUAUGUUGGCGCUGACGUUUGCGAACGAGGCGGACUAUGAUCGCAUCCACGCAUCGGAUCGUGUCAGUAUCCGCGGUCUGGCGGAAUUGGCUCCAGGGAAGAACUUGACGCUGCAGGUGACUUCAGCACAAGGGGAGAUUUGGGAAGCGGAACUGCAGCAUACGUUCACUGAGGAGCAGAUCGGAUAUUUCCGGGCAGGGAGCGCGUUGAAUCUGAUGAGUGGUGGGGUGAACAGUUCAUGAUUUCUUGAUGUGUCAUUUGACUU